ACGUGUUAUGGCAGCAGCGGAAAGGGCUGAUCAUAUGGAGAAGGAAAGCACCACACUCAUCGCCUCUCUACAACGUGAAGGAAAACUAAGCUUUAAAGAAAUCUGGACGUUCGUUUCUGACUUCACGAUGGCGGGUUCUGAAACGAUUGCAGCUGUUGCAACGUAUUGCUUAUACUGCCUUGCAAUGAACCCUCUCGCUCAACAAAAAGCCAGUGAAGAGGUUCGCUCAGUUCUGAACAAAGAUUCAAACAGUCAAAUAAGUAUCAAGUAUUCCGAACUUCCUUACUUAAAGGCCUGUAUCCGUGAAUCACUUCGCCUUUACCCUAUUGUCUCCGGAGUUCACCGCAAACUGGACCACGACGUUGUGAUGUCCGGAUACCUGAUACCAAAAAACACAGUCUUGCGGACCGAAAUGUUUGUUAGUGGGAGACUGGAAGAGAACUUCACAAGAGCUUCUGAAUUCAUCCCAGACCGCUGGCUUCGUGCCAACGGUGACCGGGCCGGUGAACUUCUGGAAGAGUGGACGCAUCACCCUUUCGCUUCCCUACCAUUCAGCACUGGUGUACGGAUGUGCAUCGGACGAAGAAUAGCCGAGAUGGAGCUCUCUGUACUUAUUGCAAAGGUGCUGGAAAGAUUCAGAGUGGAGAAUCACCAUGGGGACAUUGGCUUCCUUUCACAGCUUACAAGUCGCCCAAAAAAACCGGCCAGAUUCCGCUUCAUUGAACUCUAGUAGGAAAUGCAUACGCAAAGGCGACAUUUUUGAGUAAUUAAUAUUAGCUGUAAUAAAUGGGGUUCCUAAUACAUACAAAUGAACUUAUAUAACUGCAUAUGGUAUUUUAGCUCAAGGACUAAUAUAAUUUGUUUUGUGUUUCUAUUAGGCUUUAUGAGCAUCAAGCGCCAGUGAAACCACUUUCUGGAGCUCCAGAUGCAGUGUGCUUUUUGCUCUUUCUAAUGAUUAGGGCGAAAACCAGAUGUCCUACUUUGUGUCAUUGCAACGUAAUGAAUAAAGUUUUAAAGGUCCUACAUUUAAACGUUAUUUCAGCCCUAAUAUUUAUUGGGUAUAAGACGUUGCCAUGAGUUGCUUUCGGUUCAAGUAGUAGCGCGCCCGUAAAGAUAAACUAAAAGACAUAUUUAACAUAUUGUUAGAAAGCUUGUAA